AUGGAGCAACCAAAGCAGUGGCUCACAGAGACGUAUGAGGAGGAGCUAGCUUACAUGUACCAGCAAGAGGAGCCGCUACCUGACCAUCAAGGCCAGUACUACACGUCGUUCUAUCCAUGUCGCAGCUCCAAUUCCCCGAGCUUUGGGGGCGAGAGCUUGAACGAGCUGGGGCAGCCAUAUCCGGCUCUGUCACCAUCAGCCAACUUCCUCUCCUUCGCCGCUGCCGAGGCUAGCACCCACAACUUCUCUGGAGGAUCCUACGGUGGACUCCAAGUUCAGGGUACGAGGCAGCAGCUGCAGGCGCCUGCAAGGCGGGGCAGGGCGACGGCGAGCACGCAUGAGCACGUCAUUGCAGAGCGCAAGCGGCGGGAGAAGCUGCAGCGGCAGUUCGUGUCCCUGGCCACCAUUGUCCCAGCUGGCGUCAGGAAGGCGGACAAGAUCUCUUUGCUUGGGAGCGCCAUCGACUACGUGAAGCAGCUGGAGGAAAAGGUGAAGGCCCUGGGAGAGCAAGGCCUGCUAAAGUCGCCAGAGUGCACCUUGUUCGAGAGCAAGUGCAGCAUAUCCGCCGCCGACAAGGACGACUCAGCAGGCCCCAGCGGGAGCGGCUCCAGCUCCGGGGACUCGAGCCCGGUGGAUGUCGAGGCCAGCACCCGCGGGAACACGGUGCUCCUGAAAAUCUGCUGCAAGGAGAGGAGGGGGGUGCUGGUGAUGGUGCUCUCCGAGCUCGAGAACCAGGGCCUCUCCAUCAUAACCACCAACGUCCUACCGUUCACAGACUCCUGCCUCAACAUCACCAUCACCGCAAAGGCAAGUCCUCUCUGCCAGUAA